GAUUCGUUUUCGUUCAUCUCUGGUUGCUGCGUCGUAGUUUCCGUCCGCACGCACACACAACAUUUUAAUUCGCAUUCGCAGUCGGCUAGUCGUGCACAAAAGACAAAACUGGAUUGUGGUGUUUCUCUUCAGUUACAGUUACUAAAAGACAGAAUUUUGAUUAAGGUGCCUCCCAACUACUCAAAAGAGGGACAUUGGUUGUGUGCUUUCGCGUGUACGUGACGCGACACGGUCAGUGCGGUUGAAAACGUUGAAAACAAAAGUGCGGAUCCUUCUCGUCUUGGGACAGCUUUUUACUUUUUUGUUGUAAUUUUCCCAGUGUCAUCGUAGUGUGCUCUGAAAAGUUUGUGGAAAGUUGCAUAAUUUUUUGUACGAAUAAAAUAGUUUCUGGAGUGAUUGCUGGAUCAGCUUACGGAAACAGCCGUUGAUUAUCUAAGAGGUAAGAUUCUUCUUUUGCCGAUUCUUCUUAGACGGAUUGCCGGCCACUGAUAAGCCAACAAGACUGUGCGUACGAAUCCAAAACCAGAAGAACCUUGAAGAAAAUAAAAAAAUUCUUUCCCGGUGAAACCCUUCCGAGUUGCAGCAAGUUUUAUCGAGCGUCCGUGCGCGCAUACACAGGGAAGGGCAAUGAACGAUACUCGGGGUGCUGUCGGCGUCGUGAUGUAAACAACAAUCCACGAGCUUAGAUGACAACGCACAUACAGAAACACACGCAAACGUGCAGGCCAGCGGUGUACAAAAAUAAACUCAAGAACAUCAAAUAACAAUAAGACACAGAACCUACGACAAAAACAUUUGGGUCGCUUUGAGAGUUGUUAUAUCAGCCGCCCGACCAGCCGGAGAAAUUCGUCGGGAAAAUUGCGCAAGGUGAUUUUGAAGGCACGUCUAAAACUCGCAUGGCGCGUGUUGGCGAUCAGUGUGUUAAGAAUGAUAGCGCAUGAGAAGUGACCGAAGAUAUUAUAUAUUUACUGGCUAGGUGAGGAGUUUGCUGUAAUUAUAACGGUGAAAAAAUCGAAACUUGCAAGGUAAAACUGGAACCGAUUGCAACCGGAGACACGAUGGCCAACCUAAAGGGCCUGUUCGGAGGAGGAAGUGCUGCCGAGGCGGCAGCCGUUGUCGCUGUUGGGGCUUCAUCCGGUGGGACACCGACGCCUAUGGCGCUGAGUGCUGCCGCAGGCACGCAGCGGACCGAACCUGAAAGGACUGUCGAAUAUAAUUCCGCCAAUGCACCAAAAUCAACGUCCUUGCCGUCGUCUGCAGCGACUGGCAACAGCGGCACAAAAGUACUCACCGGGGGCACAAACCAGCAAACGCAACAGCAGCGACUGAACAAUCGCGAUGUGGUCAUCACCAGUUUGAUUGCGGGAGCAAUCGCCGGUGCUUUGGCCAAAACUACGAUCGCUCCCUUGGAUCGCACAAAGAUCAACUUCCAGAUCAACAAACAUAUUCCGUACACCUUCGCUGCGGCUAUGCGCUUCCUGCGGGACACCUACACCAAAGAAGGUUUCAUGGCACUGUGGCGUGGAAACUCGGCCACGAUGGCACGCAUCAUUCCCUAUUCGGCGAUACAGUUCACCUCCCACGAGCAGUACAGGAAGUUGCUGCAUGUUGACGUUCAUGAAGAUACCAAAGUGCGCCGCUUUCUGGCCGGUUCAUUGGCUGGCAUUACUUCGCAGUCACUGACCUAUCCGCUGGAUUUGGCACGUGCCCGGAUGGCCGUGACGGAUAAGUACUCCGGUUACAAAACGCUUCGGGAGGUUUUCGUCAAAAUCUGUCAGUGCGAGGGGCCACGGACGCUGUAUCGGGGCUACUGGGCGACCAUCCUGGGUGUGAUUCCGUACGCCGGGAUGUCUUUCUUCACCUACGAUACCCUCAAGAACGAGUACUACAAGCACACGGGCGACCGGAGUCCCAACACUGUGAUAUCGCUGAUAUUCGGCGCUGCGGCCGGUAUGAUCGGACAGUCCUCUAGCUACCCGCUGGACAUCGUGCGACGGCGAAUGCAGACCACCGGGGUGACAAAGCACUGCGCCGAUCGGUACCUGACGAUGGGGACGACUCUGGUCAAAAUCUAUCGCGAUGAAGGAUUCAUCGGGGGCUUCUACAAGGGUCUCAGCAUGAACUGGAUCAAGGGUCCGAUUGCGGUCGGUAUCAGCUUCGCGACGUACGACCACAUCAGGCAUCUGCUGCGCGAAAUUAUUCAUCUGCAACAGGGGGACUCCGAGAGGUAGAAACCGAAAAAAAACGAAAAAAUUAGAAUCUAUACUGGAAUCUGUUGUCGUACUGUGGCAAGAGAAAGCAUUUUUUCCCUCGACGAGAUGCGAGAGAUGAGAUUGAUAGAAACACGUGUGCCUCGGUGAUUGUGAUGCGGAUGUGUUGCGCAAAGAUUGAACGUUGAACUUGAACGGCUUGUUGAUGGCGGCGGCGGCUUAUUGUUGUUUGUUUUGUCAGUCAAUUGAUCAAUCGAAGAAACGGAGGUGCAAUUAAUUGUAAAUAGUAAAUGUGCGCGGUUAGCAGGAACAGGCGGAGGUCAAAAAUGUUAUAUUUGUGUUAAAGAAAAAAAAACAUUUCAGUGAAAAGCAGAAAGCCACUUUAAGCUUUAGAUUAUUUUGUUAGUCGUUUUUGUUUAGGUUUUUUUAGACUGUCUUCGCGAGUUAUACAUCUUUUCGGUUCAACCCCACGAAAGUUCCUUCGAGAACCAUCCACAUUUUGCCCAUUGGUUCGGGGCAAAUUUGGCACGCAGAAAUUAACGGAGUCUGAAUUUAAUGACAAUAAAUUUAUAGCGAGUGUCAUUCUGUUUUGCUGGUAAUGUCUACAACCAGCGUAUGAAUGCAUCUGUAUAACAGAACGAGUUAGGUUAUGUUCGCUUUAGGUUUUGUAGUCAACUGAAGUUUGAUGCUUCUUCGAAUUGAAUACAGAGCUAGGUUUUAUGAUAUUCGUGUA